AUGGCGGGUGCUGGGCGUGGAGCUGCGGCGCCCGUGGGGACGGCGGGCCCCGGGAGCCCGGGGAGACCGCAGAAGCGGCGGCGGCGGCAGCAGGAGCUGCAGGGGAAGCAGAGCUUGGCUCCGCGGCCGGGGCAGCGCAGCAAAGAAAAGAAGAAAGUGAAUUGCAAGCCCCCAAACCAGGACGAACAGGAAAUCCCUUUUCGUCUGCGGGAGAUAAUGAGGAGUCGCCAGGAGAUGAAAAACCCGAUCAGUAACAAGAAGAGGAAGAAAGAGGCCCAGGUGGCCUUCAGAAAGACACUGGAGAAGGACGCUAAGGGAGUAGAGCCAGACAUCGCCGUCCCCAAGUUCAAGCAGAGGAAGUGGGAGUCUGACAGGGCCUAUGUCCAGCGCAUGGAGCAAGAGGCCCAGCACGUGUUGUUCCUCAGCAAGAACCAGGCCAACCGGCAGCCAGAGGCGCAGGUAGCUCCCAAGAAGGAGAAGUCUGAGCGGAAGAAAGCGUUCCAGAAGCGGCGACUGGAUAAAAUCCGGCAGAGAAAGGAGGAAAAAGCAGCCGAAAGGCUGGAGCAGGAGCUGCUCCGAGACACAGUGAAGUUCGGUGAAGUUGCUCUGCAGCCCCCAGAGCUGACCGCCAAGCCCAGGAGGAGCGUAGCUGGGGACCAGCCCGGCAAGAAAUCACUGAUGCUGAGGAUGCUUCUGAGCCCUGGCAGUGCGCCCCGGCCUGUGACCACCUCGCUGGCCCGACAGCGGAUCAUCGGGGAGGAGAGGGAGCGGGUCGUGCAGGCCUACCGAGCGCUGAAGCAGCAGAAGCAGCGGCAGCAGGGGGUGCAGCCAACUGCCGCCCACCGCACCUCCAGGAGGAAGCCAGAGACGCGGCCUUGAGGGGCCCGGCCCACACUCCUGGGAAUGACACUGGGGCUGUCGCACCUGCAGAGACGGCAGAUCCUUUUCCUUGGACACAUUCUCAGUGCCGGGAGAGGUCUCCAGGUCUCUUCUCCCUUGUUUUCCCCCCAAAGCCUGCUCUUUCCUGAGUGACCAUCGAUGGGCCCAUGUCCUGCAUGGGAGGCUGCUGCCCUAUGGACCCCACAGACAGGAGCCAGGGCUCAGCUCCACUCACAGCUUUGUUCCUUCAUUCUGGAAGAAAAAUCCAGGCUGAGAAACCACCCGGUUCCACUUUAGGGUGGGCCCAAUCCCAUAAUCCUGUCCCUAAACACCAGUGAAUGAUGGAGACUGCUUGUUUAGGUCCCUCCCCCACCCACGGGCCUGUGCAGGGGACCGCAAGAACAGGCCCGGUGCUCACCCGCCAAGGUUGGCUGGAUGGACAUGGAAGGCAGCAUUUACACCAAGGGGGUGGGAGCCAGUUGUCCCCACGGGGCAGGCCUCAGGCAGGUCCAGAGCCUGAGAGGCCAGGGGCAGGAGCCCGGCUUGGGGCUCCUGUGGUCAGAGGGCAGGGCCUUGCCAGGUUUCUCUCUCGCCCCAGCCUCUCCAGGUGAGGGGAGGAGGGAGGAACAUGAGGCAGUGGAGGCCGGCUGCUCAUCAGCCUCUGGGCUGCUGUGCUCGCCACUCGCGAAGCUGGUCCCAGAGAGGGCUCAGGAAAUAGUCUCAGCCCGGCUGAGCAGCCCUGGCAAAGGGGUGAAGUGGCGGAGUGGUAUAUGAUCUUUUUCUGUCCUUCCCCAACUUUGCAUUUUCUAGAAUGAAGCUUACU